ACCUCCUGUCUUGCAAUAGCCGAGAUGAAACCUUCCACUCUCGAUGAGAUUCCUAUAGACUCGUCCGAGACGUCGCCAAAGAACUCGAUGGAAAAGCAACAUGGUUCCGAGAUCAAUGCCUCCGGCGAUGAUGCAGAGUUCAAGGCCCAAUAUCCGUCGGGCCUGGCGCUUGCUCUUAUCCUGACAUCAGUUACUCUGGCCUAUUUCCUGUUCUUCCUUGACCUUGCUGUCAUUUCUACGGCCGCUCCGGCCAUUACCUCCCAGUUUGACUCGUUGGUAGACGUCGGUUGGUAUGGCGGCGCCUACCAGCUGGGGAGUGCAGCAUUUCAGCCCUUAAGCGGCAAGAUUUACAGCCGAUUUUCCAUCAAGUGGACCUUUCUUGUCUUUUUCGUAAUCUUCGAAAUUGGAUCCGCCAUAUGUGGAGCCGCUCAUUCAUCGGCCAUGUUCAUCGUCGGUCGUGUUAUCGCGGGUGUUGGGUCUGCUGGAGUGUCCAACGGCGCAGUGACAACCAUUUCCGCCGUCCUCCCAACACAGAAACAGGCCCUUUUCAUGGGGCUCAACAUGGGCAUGGGCCAGAUAGGCCUUGCGACGGGGCCCAUCAUUGGGGGCGCGUUCACCACGAAUGUGUCCUGGCGGUGGUGUUUUUAUAUCAACCUCCCUUUGGGCGUCAUCGUCGGCGGGUUCCUUCUCUUCAACACAAUCCCCGAACCAAAACCCAAGGAUCCACCUCUCCAGAUUCUUGGCUCUGCUAUCAAGUCUCUAGACCUCCCAGGAUUUGCGCUCAUUUGCCCGGCGGUUGUCAUGUUCCUCUUGGGGCUCCAGUUCGGCGGUAACGAAUAUACCUGGGAUAGUUCAGUUGUGAUAGGAUUGCUGGUCGGCGCUGGCAUUACCUUUGUUGUCUUUCUUGUCUGGGAGUGGCACCAAGGGGACAAUGCCAUGGUGCCACUUGCCAUGCUCAAACACCGAGUUAUUUGGUCCGCUGCGAUGACAAUGUUCUUCAGCUUGUCCAGUGUUCUUGUGGCUGAUUUCUAUAUUGCAAUUUAUUUCCAGGCAAUCCACGAUGACACGCCCCUAAUGAGCGGUGUUCACAUGCUCCCAAUCACCCUCGGUAUCGUUCUGUUUACCAUGGUCUCGGGCACUCUGAUUUCCGUUUUGGGCUACUAUCUCCCAUUCCUUCUUGCAGGGGGUGUGAUAUCAUCUAUUGGCUACGGACUCCUGUCGACAUUGAGUGCUACGACUCCGGUUGCAAAAUGGAUUGGGUACCAAGUUCUCUAUGGUGUUGGAAGCGGUUGCACGACUGCAGCUCCCUACAUCGCUAUACAAAGUCUUGUGGCUCCAGAGCAAAUUCCCCUUGCCAUGGCCAUUAUCAUCUUCUGGCAAAACAUAGGUGCUGCCACUUCUCUGAUCGCCGCAAAUGCCAUCUUCAGCAAUAGCCUUCGUUCAGAGCUUCAAAAACGCGCUACACAAAUCAGCGUUUCUCCAGACGCCAUUAUAAAUAUCGGAGUCCGCUCGAUCCGUAACCUGGUAUCUGGCUCCGAGCUAACUGCUGUGCUCGCCGCUUACGCCAAAAGCAUCGACAAAGUGAUGUACCUCGGUAUUGCUGUCAGCGUUGCUGUCUUGGUAUUUUCCCCAGGGCUUGGAUGGAAGGACAUCCGGAAGGUCAAGGAGCUUCAGGUCAUUACUGAGAAGUCUUCUGAUAGCAGUUAUAAAGAUUCAGCAGGGAUUGGUGAAAGGUAG